AUGCAGACCGAGAUACUUGAGCGGCUGGAGGCGAUCGAGGCGAAGAUCGGCCGGCCCGACCGCGAGUACCUGAACGCCGAGGAGGCCGCCGGCUUCCUCGGCCUGUCCAAGCAGCAGCUCGACAUUCACCGGAUGAAGGGCGGCGGCCCGGCCUUCCACAAGGUCGGGCGGCGCGUCCUCUACGCCGUGUCGGACCUGCGCGACUGGAUGGAGCUGGAGCUGCCCGAGCUGCCGCCGCCGGGGCACGUGAACGACUGGCCGCCCGAGGCCGGCCUCGCCUUCCAGACGCUGCUGGACUGCGCCUUCCUGAUCGCAGGGCGGGACGAGCACCCGAUCCGGGUUCUGCACAGGGCGUUCGACGUGCUCGACCUGCCGGCGGACGCCCGGUGGCUGGUCGACGUCGCCCUGUCGGGCGUCUGGGGCCUGUUCUGGUGCCGGUCGAUGCAGCGCUACGUCGACGCCGAGACCUUCGUGCGCGAGGGGCUGCCGUCGGAUUACCUGGGCCUCGAAGUCGAGCUCGCCCAAGCCCGGACCCUGACGGGGACCGAAGCCGACCACUAUAGAGACCGGGCCCGCCGCUUCGGUGGCGGCGGGCCCGGGAGGAGGACCGGGCCGGCGACGCCCUCGUUCGAGGACCUGGAGCGCGACUGGCUGACGAACGCCGAGGCCGCGCGGCUCAUGGGACUCACCCCCGACACGCUGCGCGACUACCGCGCCAAGGGCGGUCCGAUGGCUGAGGCGCGCACCGACCCGGAACAGCUCCGGCCCUACCUCGACGCCGGAUGGCAGCUCAUCCCGCUCCACCGCUGGGACCGCAGGGACGGCAGGGGGCGAGAGCGCGGCAAGACCCCGCUGCACGACAACUGGACGCGCCGGCCGUACAAGUCGGACGACCAGGCCGCGCACAUGGAGGAUGGCGGCAACGUCGGCGUCAGGCUGACGGCCGCCCAGCUCGUGAUCGACGUCGACCCGAGGAACGGCGGCGAGGGCGGCCUGAGCCGGCUGCUCGGCGACCUCGGCCUGGACCAGAGCGCCUGGCCGCGCGUCGAGACCGGCUCGGGCGGCUCCCACCUCUACCUGACCAAGCCGGAGGACGUCCCGGUCGUCGACCGCCUGGAGACGUACCCCGGCGUCGAGUUCAAGACGCUGGGGCGGCAGGUGGUCGCCGCCGGGUCGGUGCACCCGACGACGGGGCGCCCCUACCGGUGGGACCCGCUGUCGCCGCCCCUGCCCGAAGCGCCGGCCGCGCCCGGCGCGCUGCUCGACCUGAUCGCGAGGCCCAAAUCGGAGGCGACGCCGAGCGGCGGCGGCGAGCACACCGCCGAGGAGGUCGGGGCGAUGCUGUCCGUCCUCGACCCGACCGACUUCCGCGACCACGACAAGUGGCUGACCGUCAUGCAGGCGUGCCACCACGCCUCGGGCGGAUCGGCCAGGACCGAGUUCGUCGCCUGGUCGGCGGGCGACCCCGACUACGCCGACAGGUCCGAGGAGGUCGGCAGGCGGUGGGACAGCCUGCACGCCGACGCCGACGGGCCCAGGGUGACGCACCGCACGCUGCACCGGCUGCUGAUCGAGGCGGGGCGCGAGGACGCGAUCCCGAGGACGCCGGCCGCCGACGACUUCGACGACGAGGCCGGGUCGCGCGAGAUCGCCUUCCUGCCCGAGCCGAAGCCCGUCGCCAUGCGCGGCCUGUCGGUGAGCAAGUCGGGCACCGCGCCCGACACCAUCGCGAACGCCAUCUCCGCCGUCGCCAGGUCGGGCGUCGGCCUCGCCUUCGACGAGCUGAAGCAGCGCGCCGUCUUCACCGCCCAGGACCUGCCCUGGGACGAGGCGUACGGGCGCACGCUCGACGACAACACGGCCAGGCUGCUGCGCCACUACCUGAUCGAGCGACACCAGGGCAACGACUUCCAGCCGUCCCGGGAGAACGUCUGGGAGGCGGCCAUGACGGUCGCCUACGAGCACAAGUUCAACCCGGUGCUCGACUACUUGGACGGGCUGGAGUGGGACGGCACGCCCAGGGUCGGUCGGCUGUUCCCGGACUACUUCGACACAGACGACGACGAGUACGCCAGGGCCGUGUCCGCCUGCUUCAUGGUGGCGGCCGUCCGGCGGCAGCGGGAGCCCGGCUGCAAGUUCGACACCAUGCCGGUGCUCAGGAGCCGGGCGCAGGGCAAGGGCAAGUCGACGGGCGUCCAGGCGCUGUUCGGCGCCGACUGGUCGUCCGACGCCGACCUGGGCAACCUCGGCAACAAGGACGCCGCCAUGCUGCUCCAGGGCAUCUGGGCACAGGAGUUCGCGGAGCUCGACGGCCUGAGGCGCGCCGACGUCACCACGCUCAAGGCGUUCUGCUCCAGGGCGGUGGACAGGGUCAGGCCGCCCUACGGCAAGGGCGUGAUGGACAUGCCCCGCCGCUGCGUGUUCGUCGGCACGGUCAACGAGGGCGGCUACCUGAAGGACGGCACCGGCAACCGCCGCUUCUGGCCGCUGACCGUCAGGGGCGAGGUCGACGUCGAGGCGAUCCGGCGGGACCGGGACCAGCUCUGGGCCGAGGCGGCGCGGAUGGAGGCGGACGGCGCGAGCGUCGUGCUGCCGAAGCACCUGUGGGCGAUGGCCGCCGAACACCAGGCCGACCAGACCUCGGAGGACCCGUGGGCCGACCCGAUCCUCGACUUCCUGGAGCGGCGGGCGAACGACGCCUUCGACGCCGAGCUCGGCAUCGGGGACUGGGCGGACGGCGGCGACCUGGCGGGCGUCAAGGCGCCGCCCGAGGACAGGGUGCACACCGCCGAGCUGUUCGACGUCCUCGGCAUCGACGUGCCCAGGCGCAGCAAGGACGCCAGCCAGAAGCUGCGCUCGAUCAUGGAGGGCCCGGCGGUCGGCUGGGAGUACAGCCGCGGCGUCCGGGUGGGCGACAGGGCGGCGGCCGGCUACCGGAAGCCGGGGCGCUGA